GGCCGGGCUCGAGGAGACCCGGCCGGGCCUGAGGCGGCCGGCUGGCCGGGAAGGCCCCGCGCGGCCCCGCGCGGCGUCUGAUGCAACCUGCCGGCAACACCCGGCGGGGCCGCUGAGCUCAUCCCUGGCCGCGACCCAACACCGCGGCGCCACCCGCCGACCCCCGCGCUCCGCCCCGGGAGCCCCUCGCCGCCGGCCCGCGACGGGACGGGGGUGGGGCGGGACGGGGGACGAGGUGUGCCCUCUCCGGAACCCGGCGUCUGUUGGAGAAACGGGCAGUGGUGACAGGCCAGGCGCGUUAUUGGCCCCCGGGGAUACGGGGUGUUCCCCAGAGCCGCGGGAGGUAGACCGUCCCUCACUGUAGUGCCACAUCGGGCCUUGCCCGCCCCUCCAACCAAGACCGCUCGGUGCGGGGAGGCGACCCUUCGGUUCCGAAGUUCGUAGAGCGUUCAAGUGGGCAAGGAGAGCAGUUCAUGGUGAAGUCCGUGACUUUCCAGAACUAAUCCCGCGCUCGCUUGAGGAGCUGUAAUGCGAAUAUCCUGCACUUCACUGCCCUACGAGGUUAGACGAACGUGCGGCCUGUGGACUAGGAAAGAGACGGGCCAGAAGCGGAGCGCUUCGUUAGCCGGUCGCAGCGAACACAGGCGAGAAAACAGCUAGCAGAGGUGUCCAGGUACAUGUGAAGAUUUCUUGGCAUCUUAGUGUGGAAACCAUUGAUCACUUUGCUCUCAUUUCUGCCUGUUCUGUGUCCGCAAGAGAGAGAGCCCAAAUGAGCAAGAUAGCCCAGCAGAACAGUUCUCCGGGAAUAAGUGUUAUUCAUACUCAGGCUCAUGCCAGCGGCUUACAGCAGGUUCCUCAGCUGGUGCCUGCUGGCCCGGGGGGAGGAGGCAAAGCCGUGCCUCCAAGCAAGCAAAGCAAAAAGAGUUCGCCCAUGGAUCGCAACAGCGAUGAGUAUCGUCAGCGCAGAGAGAGGAACAACAUGGCUGUGAAAAAGAGCCGGUUGAAAAGCAAGCAGAAAGCCCAGGAUACGCUGCAGAGAGUGAAUCAGCUCAAGGAAGAGAACGAACGGUUGGAAGCAAAAAUUAAAUUGCUGACUAAGGAAUUAAGCGUACUGAAAGAUUUGUUUCUUGAGCACGCACACAACCUUGCAGAUAACGUGCAACCCACUAGCACUGAAAAUACAACAGCUUCCGAUAAUGCAGGCCAGUAGACCUCACCUCUUCAAAACUUCACGACUCGUGGCUUGAACGUUAACGGUGUGACUGCCUACACCAUUCAUAUCAGUGGCUGAACACGGUCUCGUUCCAUUAUUCAAAGAUCCACUGAAGGUUGUUUUCCAGGAUCAGCACUGAAGGGUUGAUUAGCUUAAAAAUGUUAGCCAUGUAAUUUGAAUAUCUAGUUUUAAAUGAUAGGGAUUUUUUUGUGUGGAUAAAACACAUUUUUAAGGUAUAUGGUAAAA